GACAUCUGACAUUUACAUCCCAGGCAGCUACUGGAAUUUUUUGUUGAAAAUUCGAAAAUGUUCGCCAAAGACAGACGAUGAAGUUGAAAUAAAUUUCUUAUCUUCUCACCGUGAACCUUCUUAAUGAUUCGUCAUAAAAAAAAGCACGAGUUUUCGAUAAACUCUGUUUGCUGGCUAAUAUGAUUCACUAAAUAAGGCAUUUCCUGGGUCUCAAAACGAUGUUUAAUUAAGAAAUUUUCGUUAUAUCAUCACAUAAACUCAUAAGAUGGACUCUACACGAUCUUUCGGUGAAACUGGAUAUCAAAGUUUCUCUUCUGACAAUCUACACAAUCCUACUUAUGGAACUGCAAGCAGUUCAUAUCCUCCAAUUGAGGAAAUGGGAAGUAGAUCUAGUUUAGCUAGAGACAUUAGGGAUGAUACCACAGGCUUUGAUCACUGGGAAAUGAAUUAUCAUGAAGCAGCUAUUUUUCUGGAAGAAGGAGAAAAUAAUGAAAAGUUCGAUUCUCAUCCCAGGCAUCCUUCAGCAUUGCCAGCUUAUCUUCUUGUUCACAAUUCAUGGUAUUACGGGCUAGACCUAGCAUCCUCUUUACUCCUUUUGUCACUUGCUCUGGCAGAAAAACCUUCCAUAGAUAAACUGAAAUUACCUGUUGGUAUCCAUGGAACUCUUGAAUUGUUAGCUUUGGGUGUUAUCGGAAUUGAAUUGGCGUUGAAGUUGAGAUGGAUAGGAUGGGGAACUAUAUUAAAACACAAGAGAACAAUGGUGAAAUGUGUUACUCUAAUCAUAAUGGUUAUGGAGGCUUUGGUAGUCCUAGUGAGACAAUCUUCUCAUUUUCGGAUCACCAGAGCUCUACGACCCAUAUUUUUGGUCGACACUAGAGCGUGUGGGGCUGUAAGGAGAUUCAUAAGACAAAUUUUACAAUCUUUACCUCCAAUUUUAGACAUGUUGGUUCUGCUUCUGUUUUUCGUAUGCAGCUAUGCCCUUUUAGGUUACUACCUAUUUAGUCAACAUACUACGAAUCUCUAUUUCAAGACUCUACCAGAUAGUUUUGUUAGUAUGUUUGUUUUGUUGACGACAGCAAAUUUUCCGGAUGUGAUGAUGCCAUCUUAUGCAAUAUCUAAAUGGAGUGCUUUAUUCUUCAUAUCUUAUAUAUCGACAGUGCUGUAUGUGCUUAUGAACUUGAUGCUUGCCGUGGUUUACGAGACCUUCACAGGAAUUGAGAGGGAUAAGUUUAGAAAAUUACUGUUGCAUAAGAGGAAAGCAUGUCAGUUAGCCUUCCGUCUACUGGUCAGUAAACAGUCUCCAAAUAUGAUAAAAUUUAAGCAAUUUCAAGGACUGAUGAGAUAUUACUCGCCUAGAACUAGUCAGAGAAAUGUAAUACUCAUGUUUCAUCUCUUAAAUGUUUCCGGUACUGGAUCUUUGACCCAGGACGAGUUUUUGAACAUUUACGAUGCGCUCAGCGUUAAGUGGAGGUUGAGGGAACCUCUGGAUCCUUGGUUUUCAUCUGCAUGGCCUCCUUUGAGGGCUUUUUAUAGAUUAGCGAGGAGCAUAGUCAUGUGGCAAUACUUUGAAUAUAUAGUUUAUACUCUAAUACUCAGUAAUGGCCUCGCAAUGUUUGUCAGAAUCAUGGAACAUACAGAAAACCUUCAGAAAAGUGCACAGGAAUUUGCUGCUUCUUGGGAUACCUUUCUUUUUUUGGCUUUAUUCCUCUUGGAAGCCCUCCUCAAAGUUGUAGCCAUAGGAUGGAACGAGUAUGUAGCUUCUGGAUGGAACGUCUUUGAUCUUAUAGUGACGUUAGCCGCUCUGACAGGGGCACUUUUGCUUUAUUUGAACCCCUAUCUGACACUCUUCGUCAUCUUGAGACCUCUAAGACUUUUACGGCUUUUCAAGUUGAAGAAAAGAUACAGAGAUAUAUUUGGGACCUUGGUGCUACUCUCACCUUUGAUGUGGUCAACCACAGUUGUGAUGUUGGUCAUGUACUACUUCUUUUCCAUCAUAGGUAUGGAAUUCUUCGCGCCUUACGACUUGAGGAACUGCUGCGUGAACACGACGGUAGAAGACUUUUACAAGUACAGCACGAACUCGACGAGUCCCUUGGGGUACUACUACUUAAACAACUUCUCCGACCUUUUGUCUUCCGCAGUAACGCUGUUCGAGCUCACGGUUGUGAACAACUGGUUCAUAGUGAUGGACGCUUACGCUUCCGUAACGAACCCAUAUUCGAGACUGUUCUUUAUGUUAUUCUAUCUUUUCACCAUGGUGGUCUUAACGAUUGUAGUAGCCUCGGUUUUGGAAGCCUUCAGGUUCAGGAUUCAGUACAAGAAGCAGACUUCAAAGAGAGAUGAGGAACAGAUGUUACACGAGGAGGUUUUGAUCGAUUGGAAUGUUCUGCAACGAGAAAUUCACGAUGUUAGAUUGUUGGAAUCGUUGCAGAUCGAUUUUACGCCAAGAGGAACAACACAAUAUCUUGGAAGACGUAGGCGAACUAGAGAAGUACUGCAGCGUCAUAUGUACAGUUCGGAAAUUACGCUUUGGUUGAAUGAGAUCAAGGAAGAAGAAGAAAACCACAAUAAACUGCAUGAAAUCGUAGAUGAAUCUCAAAUUAACUCUAGGUUAGUGGAAUCAUAGCUUUAAUAGUAACCAGUAUUAAUUAUUUAUUUAAAACAUAUUUAUUUCGUUCAAAGAAGAUAUUAAUAAUUAUUAUAGUGAAUAGAAUUUCACAAAUUCAGUGAUAUCAAGAGUAGUAUUUAGAAUGCACAACUUCCAUAAAUUUAUUUUGAAGUUAAUUCAAUUAAUCUGCUUAAGGAAUGUUGAAGUAGAAUUAUGCAAUACUAACUGAGACCAAAAAUUUACGUAUUUAAGUGAACAAAGUAUUAAAUUUAUACCUGCUUUUAUUUAUACACUUUAUUUUAAUAUUGUUAUAAAAAAUUCAGUUACUGUAAAAUCAACAAAUUAAAUCUAACUUUGCUUUUA